AUGGAGCAAUAUCACCAGUCUCAGGCUGCCAUGGGUGGCUUCUCCGAUGCAAUGCAGCAGGAUCCGAGCAUGUCGGCCUUUUCACUCUUCGGCUCAACGCAGUACCCGGAGAGUGUGGCAUUCUGGCAUGAUCCCUCCGCACCGGCCAUGGCUCUUCCAACGUCAUACCCCUCCGAACAGCCCACCAUACUCCAGCACCCACCAGACCAGAAGAAGCACAAGCGCACCCGGAGUGGCUGCUUCACGUGCCGUGCUCGCCGUAUCAAAUGCGACGAGAGUCGCCCGGUGGGAGGUCGGAGUGCGGGCAAAGCUCGAUCUGCCCGGCCUCCAUCGCGGAGUCAUGACUCCCCUGGAAAGGUAGGGCAUGAUGAGCCUAGUCCCCUGGAACCUAUAAUCGACGAGGAAGAACCCAACGCUAUUGCCGCGGCGACUCUCCCCUCACCUGCUAGCAUCGGCCCUGGUCACUUUCGUCCUGAUCUCGAACGAAGGCAGAGUGAGCCAUCACCAAGAUCACAGCAUACAAAGCAGCCAUCAGAUCCGGGCCCUUUCAGCCUUGAACAGGCGGGGAGUUCCCCGUCGGGCGAGUCGUCGCAAUACGAGUCUUUAAGCGUACGGUCGACGAGCAUCAGUCAGACUGCGACAGACUUGCUUAACGCAGCACAGCUGCCUGAUGACAUUCGUUUUUUCUUGAAUUUUCACCAGGAGUUUCUUACACACGAGCAUUUCUUCUUAAGACAGCCUAGUACUCCGUUCAUUCAGCAUCACCUUAUUGAACUGGCCUUGCAGUACGAACCCCUUUUAUACGCUUUGGUGGGAUUUUCGGCGUACCAUCACACUUUGCAAGCUCCCGAUGGCAAGCUCUAUUCGUUUUUAAAGUACUACAAUAAAGCUUUGGCGCUUUUACGGAAGUCUCUCGGCUCCGGGGAGGAUCAUUGCCUUGCAACGCUCUGUACGGUUCUUGUGUUGACGACUUUUGAGGAGUAUAUUGGUGACUGGGUGAACCUGAUCGACCAUCACCGUGCUGCGCACGCAUUAAUGAGAGAACUUCUGACGCCUGAAUCAUCAAAUCUCAUCGAACUACACACGAACAUUUUUCUCUGGUACGCACGAUUUGACGUUGUGGUUGGAAUCCUCGCGGGGACGGAAGCAAUUCUACGUCGGGACUGGUAUCUCGCCAUCGAACAGUAUGCUGCCGACCAGGCAGCCUCCUACCCAGAUGAUCCACAGACGCAAUUCAACCUUGUGGCAUCCAUCAACCGCCGUUUUGGCUUAGACCUGGCCUCACUAUACGCCAAAUUGUCGCAAGGGUUAGUUCCCUACGAAGAUUUCAUUGUGCAGAACACACAACUCGGGCAAACCUUGGAGAAGGCAAAGGACAUCAUGAGGAGGUUCAAUGAUUCGGAAUAUGCCGUUCGCUCUUAUCCAAACAAAAAACCCUUGACGGAAGACGACAUAAUGGACCCUUACGUACCGGGUGCCAUGUUCGAGGGCCCGCUGUGGGAUGCAAACCUCAUCUGGAUUGAUCUUUUGUCGACGGAGUUGAUGUACAAGUAUCAAACCAUGUUGGCUGUACGUCAACCUUUGCUGCCGGAACUGGGCAAGCUGGCUCUGGAACAGUGUCAGCUAAUGGAAACAAUUGAUCGCUUCCCAAACAAGCCCAACGGUGCUUGCAUUGGGUUCAAGAAUGCCAUGGGAAUUGCCUGCUUGUUCCUCCCCCGAGAACCCCCGUAUCAGAAGUGGGCUCAGGGCAAGCUUGCGAUGAUGGAAAGAAAUGGGUAUAUCAUUCCCCCCAAAUUCCGAGAAGUCCUCUGCGAAGUCUGGCAAAGCACUGAAUACAUGCACUGGUGGCUGCCGAACGGUGAAGACUACCCCGACAUCGUCCGCCAAAUUAGGGAGAUGACCGACGAGCGCCUGAAACAGCCGCGCGACGGACUCCGCUCCGACGUCCGCGAUCUCAAAACGCUUUUCUGGAAAUUGAACGUCGAUGAGAGCGAUAACGAACAGAGCCCUCCCCACAUAAGACCAAAAUAG